GGCGAUUUGAAUGCCGUUUCCAGACACGAGCGCGGUAUUCGGGCCUGAAAUGGCGGCGCUGGGCAAGAAGGGUCAUGCCGGAGGUGUGUCCUCAGCAGCAAGGAGAAGAUCAGCAACAGGGAGUGAAGAAGUAUCGGUUCCAGCUGUCAAACGCUCCAUCGUUUUGAAGAAGAUCAAGCCUCAGAAAAAUCUCCCUCCAGGCACAUCCACAGUCCCAAGGCGCAGCCCUCCGGUCCAUGCCGAGGCUGUGAAGGAGAACGUGUGCCAGGUCUCCCCCGGGUCGGGGGUGGAGGCUGAGCCCGCUCCCUCGCUGCCUGUCGCCGAGGACCCUGAAAUGCUGCUGUGCGGCAGGGACCCGGUGAUGUCCCAGAAGGUGCGGCGUUCCUACAGCCGGCUCAGCCCGUUCGGCACGCAGGCCGAAAACGCGAGUGACGGCUCCGACACCUCCACCCCCAACCAGUGGCACCCGGCGCGCCGCUCCUUCUUCGGCUUCGAGAGGCUCUUGGCCGUCGAGGCCAUGCCGGACUUCUCGCCGGUGAAGCCCGCCAACCUGAGGGAGAAUCCGCCGGCCCCGCCCGUGUCGCCAGGCGCCAUUCCUGGUGUUGCCGCCGCCAAGAAGAAGAAGCAGAAACGGAAGGUGGUUGAGAUUGAGAAGUCGGUGCUGGAUGAGUGGGCCGCGCAGAUGAAUGCCACCUUCGAGGAGGCCGAACGCUUUGACCUAGUGGUGGAGUGAAGUGGAUUCCAAUGUCCUUUCCCAAACUGCGCACGGCUGGCUAUGAGCCGAGCAGACACCUGGGGUUUUGUAGUGAAUCGCUCGUGAACUUGGCUCCAAGCUGCACAGAACCCUUUGCCCUAUAGAGUAGUAGUGUAGAGGACUGGGGAGAUUCUUGUGGGGGCUUCUGCCAGGGAUUUCUGUUCUGUGGGCCAACUGGCCAUGUGAUUGCAGCCAGUGUGACUGAUUAAACACCCCUCUGUCCUCCGGGCUCCCAGUUCAGUUGUCCAUGUGCUCUCCAAUUCUGUUAGGGCCUUUCACCUCCUGAAACCCAUCCUACUAGGCAGGCUGGUCAGGAUCUGCAGCCAGACCUCUCCCCCUCUCUCCAGUUCCCUAUCAGCUACUGCUUUGGCUGGCUUCCCACACUCCCUGAGUGAUCACUGGCAGCGUUCCCCCCACUGAUGAUUUAAUCACAGAUGAUCUUCCCUUCCUUGCUUCCUCCUUGCCUCUUUCUGAUGCAUAUUCUCAGAAGUUUUUUUAUUCCUUUUGCUCAAUCAUGGGGGCAAGCGAAUUGAUUGUAAUUGUGACCACAGUACGUUAGAAAACAUCAGUGUGCAGCACCACAUUUUUUUUAAAGAAAUGGAAGUGAGAGAAGUCUGUGGUGAGAUGAGUGGGUAAUUGCUAAAGUAGGUCAUUAUUUUGCCGGUGUUAUCCCAGACGGUGUUGCUCCCACCCUAGUUGUUAAGCUUGCCGAGGCUGUAGUUGUGUUUUACAGUUGAUCCAGAGCAGGUUUACUCAGUCUGACUCUUACUCGCUGUCGAAUGCAGUCAGCUCUGCUCGCUCUCCCCCUGCCUGUCGACGGCAGCCCCCUACAGUCUGGCCAGUUGGUGAUGUUAACGCUCAGUUCAAGGUGGCUUUCCACUGCGGGACAUAAUAUCAGUGUCACAAAACUCGCCUUGGGUGUCUGUCAGAAUCAGUGUGUGUGUGUAUGUAUGUAUCUGCAAGUGUGUCAGUGUAAGUCGGGUCUGUGUGUCCUGCCUGGUGUGUACGUCAGUGUCAGCUGUGUGUUUGUGUGAAUUUGCAUUUUACGAGAGUUUGCUGGCAAGUGAACAGUGGAAAAACGCCUCUGGCGGUACCAAUGGUCUUUUAGGGAAACAGCCGGGUUGUUGGCAGCUGUGUGUGUGUGUGUGUGUGUGUAUUCAAUUCCUGGGUACUCUGGAUGAGAUGUGGGCUCUUUGUUCUCGUCACUGUCCAUAGCAGGGGCCACCGUGGCUGAGCGUUAAAAGUUCCUCACUUCCCGUUCAACAGUGUGAGGGUUCCUCCAGUUAUCAAGAUCUCCUAGAAAACAAAUCCCUCUAUUGCCUGCUUUAAUUGAACUGAAAUCUCCCAGAUGAUUACUAACCUCGAUUAUUCAAAGACAGAGCGACAGGUUUAAUUUGGAACAGACCAAGUGAACAUUUUACACCCACCUGCCUGGUACUGAAGGGGUGGUGUGGAGUUAUAAGUAGAUGCCACAUUUUCUGAGACAACCCUACUGGUUUGGGAAAGUCCUCUGCACUCAGUACGAAUAGAAGUAGCUUGUUGUCUGUCUGGCUCUCUGGUCUCGCGGGCACAGUACCAUCUCCGAGCAAUGCCACGCAAGGCCCGUUUUUAUGUUUGAUAAUGACUGUAUUUGUAUUUCUGGUUUGUUUAUUAAGUAACCAAUAAAUGGUUAAAAAUAACCUUGCAGACAGUGCUUUGCAAACCUGG